GCAUAGGUCUAGGGUUCUGGAGAAGGCAGUCUGGAGGAGGCUUGGCUUUGGAAGACGUGAGUUCAAUUUAGGACAUGGGGAACCAUAGGUAUCUACGAGACUCCAGGAGGGGAGGGCUGGGGAGGCGUGACAGAGGAUGAGCGUCCCCCUCUCACGCGGAGAAUGUGGGAGCCAGGUUGGGUCCUCCUAGAGAAGGGGGCGGGGAGCGCGGCACCCAGCGGCCCCUUUAAUCGGGGGCGCGCGCUGGCCGGCCCGCGCGUUCUCGCCUCCGUCGCCGGGCCGGAGCGGGAGCAGGAGCGGAGCCGGGGCUGGAGCUGGCGGAAUGGAGACCCCGCGCGCGCCCGCGCUGCGCCGCCUGCUGCCGCCGCUGCUGCUCCUGCUGUUGUCACUGCCCCCCCGCGCCCGGGCCAAGUACGUGCGGGGCAACCUUAGCUCCAAGGAGGACUGGGUGUUCCUGACAAGAUUUUGUUUCCUCUCGGAUUACGGCCGACUGGACUUCCGUUUCCGCUACCCUGAGGCCAAGUGCUGUCAGAACAUCCUCCUCUAUUUUGAUGACCCAUCCCAGUGGCCAGCUGUGUACAAGUCAGGGGACAAGGACUGCCUGGCCAAGGAGUCAGUGAUCCGGCCAGAGAACAACCAGGUCAUCAACCUCACCACACAGUAUGCCUGGUCCGGCUGUCAGGUGGUGUCAGAGGAGGGAACCCGCUACCUGAGCUGUUCCAGUGGCCGCAGCUUCCGCUCAGUGCGUGAAAGGUGGUGGUAUAUUGCACUCAGCAAGUGUGGGGGAGAUGGACUGCAGCUGGAGUAUGAGAUGGUCCUCACCAAUGGCAAGUCCUUCUGGACACGACACUUCUCGGCUGAUGAGUUUGGGAUUCUGGAGACAGAUGUGACCUUCCUCCUCAUCUUCAUCCUCAUCUUCUUCCUCUCUUGUUACUUUGGAUAUUUGCUGAAAGGUCGUCAGUUGCUCCACACAACUUAUAAAAUGUUCAUGGCUGCAGCAGGAGUAGAGGUCCUGAGCCUCCUGUUUUUCUGCAUCUACUGGGGUCAGUAUGCGACCGAUGGCAUUGGCAACGAGAGUGUGAAGAUCUUGGCCAAGCUGCUCUUCUCCUCCAGCUUCCUCAUCUUCCUGCUGAUGCUCAUCCUCCUGGGGAAGGGAUUCACAGUGACACGGGGCCGCAUCAGCCACGCGGGUUCCGUGAAGUUGUCUGUCUACAUGACCCUGUACACGCUCACUCAUGUGGUGCUGCUCAUCUACGAGGCAGAAUUCUUUGACCCGGGUCAGGUACUGUACACGUAUGAGUCACCGGCUGGCUACGGGCUCAUCGGACUGCAGGUGGCGGCCUACGUGUGGUUCUGCUAUGCUGUGCUCAUCUCGCUGCGCCACUUUCCUGAGAAGCAGCCCUUUUAUGUGCCCUUCUUUGCUGCCUAUACGCUCUGGUUCUUUGCAGUUCCUGUCAUGGCCCUGAUUGCCAAUUUCGGCAUUCCCAAGUGGGCCCGGGAGAAGAUUGUCAAUGGCAUCCAGCUGGGGAUCCACUUGUAUGCCCAUGGCGUGUUCCUGAUCAUGACCCGCCCGUCAGCGGCCAACAAGAACUUCCCGUACCACGUGCGCACGUCGCAGAUCGCGUCAGCCGGAGUCCCCGGACCGGGAGGGAGCCAGUCGGCGGACAAGGCCUUCCCGCAGCAUGUCUAUGGGAAUGUGACGUUCAUCAGCGACUCGGUGCCCAACUUCACGGAGCUCUUCUCCAUUCCCCCGCCCGCCUCCUCCGCCGGGAAGCAGGUGGAGGAGACCGCGGUAGCGGCGGCAGUGGCCCCGAGGGGCCGCGUGGUGACCAUGGCCGAGCCGGGCGCAGCCUCCCCGCCCCCUCCCGCUCGGUUCCCCAAGGCUGCCGACCCGGGAUGGGACGGCCCGACGCCGCCCUACCAGCCGCUCGUGCCUCAGACGGCGGCGCCGCACACCGGCUUCACCGAAUACUUCAGCAUGCACACGGCCGGGGGCACUGCACCCCCGGUCUGAGCACCCCUGCCUGCCCCUGCCCCAUGGGCCGCGCACCGGGCCCCGGCCGGGCUCCGGACCCCUGCUUUAUCCCGGCCCGAGAGCUUGGCUAUCCCGGGCCUUCCCGACCCUUUCCACCUCCCGCGCCCGGGUUGGGUGCGCUGCGUCCCGCCCCCCUCCUCUGGUGCCAAACAGUCCCGCGGGAGCCGCUCUCCCGUCCACUCCCUCAGCCCCUGCCCCGAGCGGCGCCGGAUUCUGGGCUCCCGCUGUUCCGUGACCUCCGGCCCCCUGACCCCCUUCGAGACUUCUGACCCCGCUGGACUCCGAAACACCCGUGGUGACCGCCGGGACCCUGCCUGUGACUCUCCAGGACUCUGCGACCCCGGGAUGGAUAUUGCGAUGCUGGUCUCCACCCUGAAACUCUCCCUUGGAUCUGUUACCUCGGACCCGUGCUCCGUCCGCCCCUAUCUCCAUUCCCGAGGCCUUCCCUCGGGUCUGUGGCAGAAAGACAUUUUCCCCCUUCUUGCCAAAAUAAAGAUUCAUUGAGUUUUUAUUUAUAA